AUGAUCCUUACUGAAACUUCACCUAACAAUCCAGGCAAUCGCCUAACAACUGCAACUGGGAAUGAUGGAACUGUGGUUAUUGAUGAGCUUCUUGAGUUUAUUACAAGUGGCCCUGUUGUUGCCAUGGAGAUUUUGGGAGAUGAUGCCAUAGGCAGAUGGAAACAAUUAUUAGGACCCGCAAAUUCAGUUGUAGCCCGAACCGAUGCUCCAAACAGCAUUAGAGCACGUUUUGGAAGUGACAACAUAAGAAAUGUGGCUCAUGGCCCUGAUUCCUUUGCCUCUGCUGCUAGUGAACUGGAAUUAUUCUUUCCUUCCAAUGGAGGCCGUGGACCCGCAGGCACUGCAAACUAUACACAUUGUACUUGCUGUGUUAUUAAACCUCAUGCAAUUAAAGAAGGUCUAGCUGGAAAGAUUAUAAAAGCAAUUCUUGAUGGAGGAUUUGAUAUCUCAGCCUUGCAGAUGUUCUAUAUGGACCGAGCAAAUGCAGAAGAAUUCUAUGCAGUCUACAAAGGUGUUGUUGCUGAAUAUUCUGAGAUGGUUGUAGAACUCUAUUCAGGACCUUGUAUAGCUCUAGAGAUUCGACAGGUAGAUCCUGAAAAAGUGUUCAGAGACUACUGUGGCCCUUCUGAUCCUGAAAUAGCGCGUUAUCUCCGCCCUGGUACUCUCCGUGCUCGCUUUGGUAAAAACAAGAUCCAAAAUGCUGUCCAUUGUACAGAUUUACCAGAGGAUGGACUUUUGGAGGUGCAAUACUUUUUCAGUAUCCUAGACAGCUAACAGAACAGUGGAGUAAAACUGCUUAGAAAAAACAAACUGCAGAAUGGGAAAUGUAUGUUUAUUCAUUUAUUGUCCAGUGUUUAACCUGAAUGAAAUACAAGGCCCACAAGAGCACUGAACUCCUAGCUAUUACAUAUAUUAGAACAUAGAGUUUUGCACUUUAGACAACAUUUAACACCAAUUGAUGGGAUAACUGCAUUGCUUCUCAAAGUUCAAAAUAAAGAUUUAUUUUUAGACAUGUGGCUUUGGUUUAUUUUUAUACAUUACACCUUUUUCUUGCAGAAAAAAAUUGUACAACUGCAUAAAUAUAAAAUUCUUCCACCAUGAAAAUGGUCAAAACAUUCAAUAAAGACAGCACCACAGCAUGUGAUGCUUCUCACAGGAAAAGAAGAUAAUAUACAAAGCAAAAUAAUUAUUCCUCUCACUAAUGAAAUUGAUAGGCUGACAUAGAUGUCACACACAAUUUUAAAACAUGGUAGGAUGAAAGAGAAAGAAAAAGACACCAGUUGCUACAAAGCACAGUACAUAAUCACUUACUCUCCAUUACUUUCAAAGUUAAAGUAAUUUUUUCCCUGCCACCACAUUUAGUAAUUUAGUAACUACUGAGGAAUAGAAGUUGGGGGAAGCUUCAUGGAGUGCUAUUGGAUAAUCACAAUUGGGCCUUUACCUUUUCAAAACAAAAGAGCCGGUUUGAUGUAGUUAAGGUGAUCUAGAAAUCAGGGAGCUGUGAGUUCUAGUCCCAUUUAGGCAUGAAAAACUGGAAGGGUGAUUUGGGCUAGUCACUCUCUCAACCCAAUUCAUCUCAUAGGGAUGUUCUUGUGGGGAAAAUAGGAGCAAGGAAUAUUAGGUAUGUUUGCUGCCUUGAGUUAUAUAUGAAAAAAAAA